UACCAUUUUUAAUACCACCAAUUCCCAUAUCAAAACCACACCCACUUUUAUGUCUUCUCUCUGUUUUCUUACAAAAAGAAACUUUCUUCGUCUUCCUCUGUAUUUAAGCUUUAACACCCAGUUUCUCGCUGAAGGAGUUUAAAGCUUUCGUGAACACCAAUCGAUUCUUUUCUCUCUACGUGAAAAAAAAAAAGUUUAGUCCUUUUUAGGUCUGGAAACGCCAAGAAGAUCAUUUCGAGUUCUUGGGUAAUUUCAUCAUCAGGGUUCUUCAACCAAGCUACAUUGACAGAAGAAGAAAAAAAGUUCGUUGCUUUUUAUGCGUUUGGAUAAAACAAACUCAAGUUUCUUCAUACAUCGAUCUGAUUUUCCAGAUCGAACCUCGAGAAAAUAAAAAAAAAAAACUUUCUUUUAAAUGAUUCGUGAAAUCUCCAGUCUACAAAACGACAUCAUAAACAUUCAAGAACAUUGUUCUCUCAACAACAACAGCAAAGUCAUGGACAUGAGAAGAGAUAACCGGAAAAACAUGACUUUUCGUGGAUCAGCUCCAGCUCCGAUUGUUGGGAAGCAAGAGUUGUUUCGGACAUUGUCGUCGCAGAACAGUCCGAGGAGGCUAAUAUCAGCGAGUUACUUCAGUUUAGAAUCAAUGGUUGUGCUUGUUGGUCUCACAGCAUCUCUCUUGAUCUUACCGUUGAUUCUUCCGCCAUUACCUCCUCCUCCCUUUAUGCUUCUUUUGAUUCCUAUUGGGAUUAUGGUUUUGCUUAUGGUUCUUGCUUUCAUGCCUUCUUCUAAUUCCAAACAUGUUACUUCUUGUUCCACUUUUAUGUAAUAAACGUUUCUUUAAUUGAAGAAAUCCUUUAAAAAAAACAGAGAGAAGGUUUUGUCUAUUGUUGUCAUUACAUAAGGUUUCAGGGUAAGAGAUUAAUAUUUCAUUUGUAAAACUCGUUUUGUUGAUUCAGAAUUAUACACAACUAUCUAUAUAAA